GCUCGCGGGGAUGCUUGCGCUUCUGUUGGCUCUCUGUAUUAAAUAAUUCUGUGAUAGUUUUCACCUGCUUUGUGGACAAGUUAGAAAGUAUUGGAAUACACUGAAUGUCUUGCAUUGGCGAUCAUCGUUGUUGAGGACGGCUGUGUUUUGGGCUCAUAAAGAAAACACGCUUCACCAGCAGAAUGGAGGCACAACCUACAAUGAACUGCUUUGCAACCUUACUUCUGCUUUCGGCAUUCGUUUACACGGCGUUUGGUGUCACGCAUUAUUCUAUUCCUGAGGAGAUGGAGGUAGGCUCUGUUGUUGCUAAUUUGGCUGCGGAUUUGGGAAUCGAUGUUCAAACGUUGGGAAGACGAAAAAUCCGGUUAGAUAUCCUUGCAAAUAAGAAGUAUCUAGAUGUGAAUAAAGACACCGGAGAGCUGUUUAUUUUGGAGCGCAUUGACAGAGAAUAUCUUUGCAUAUCAAAAACAGUGUGUUACCUAAAAAUGGAAGUUAUUUUGGAAAAUCCAGUGCGCAUAUUUAACAUUGAACUUGAAAUAAUGGAUAUUAACGACAACGCGCCUCAUUUCCGUAGGGAUAAUAUUAAUUUGGAUAUCUCUGAAUCAACUGCUGCUGGCGAGAGGUUUUCUUUAAGUAAUGCGGUGGAUCCUGAUAUUGGUUCAAAUUCCAUUAAAGGUUAUCACUUGAGUGACAGCGCAAACUUCGAUAUUGAAAUACAAACAGGAAGGGAUGGCUCAAAAUUUGCUGAUUUGAUACUAAAAAAAUCUUUAGAUCGCGAAGAGCAGGCCAUACAUAAUCUGAUUCUCACUGCUGUGGAUGGAGGAGUCCCCGCGCGCUCUGGCACGGCCAGUAUUAUCGUGCGCGUUCUGGACACCAAUGACAACGCCCCUCAAUUCGAUAAAGACAGUUAUACUAUAAAUCUGACUGAAAACGCGCCUAUUGGAAGUCUUGUAGUGAGAUUAAACGCCUCAGAUAAAGACGAGGGCUCAAAUUCAGAUUUACUUUACUCUUAUAGUUUAUACACUUCAGAGAAAACACAGCAGACUUUCAGUCUGAAUCCUAAUAAUGGAGAAUUCAGAGUGAAAGAGCUGAUUAAUUAUGAGGAUUUCAGGAUCUAUGAUAUGGAAAUUAUAGCAACAGAUAAAGGAGCUAAUAGUCUUACAGGAAAGUGUAAAGUAAAGAUUUUAAUCACAGAUAUGAAUGAUAAUCAUCCUGAAAUUUCCAUCAAAUCAUUCACAAGUCCAGUUAAAGAGGAUGUGCCUGUAAAUACAGUGAUUGCAGUUGUUAGUGUGAGUGAUAAAGACUCUGGAGAAAAUGGACAGGUAGACAUUCAUAUUUCUGCUGAUUUACCUUUUGCGCUUAAAGAAUCAUCUGAUAAUUAUUAUGAAUUAUUAGUUUCAGAGCCGUUAGACCGUGAAAAGCUUCCAGAAUAUGACAUCACUAUCACCGUCACUGACAGGGGCAACCCGCCGUUAUCUGAUAAUGAAACUAUAACUUUAGAGCUGCUGGACGUGAACGACAAUGUUCCUCAGUUCCCACAGACUUUCUACACGAUACCAGUAAUGGAGAAUAACGCGCCUGGAGCUUCACUGAGCUCUAUAACUGCUGUAGACCCAGACCUCCAUGAAAAUCAGUAUCUGGUUUAUUUCAUCAUAGAGAAGGAAAUAGCCAACACCUCCAUGUCCAUGCUGUUCUCCAUUAACCCGGAGAACGGCAAUCUUUACGCGCUAAAGACGUUUGAUUAUGAGAUAGAGAAGGAUUUUCUGUUCCACAUCGAGGCCAGAGACUCUGGUGUUCCUCCGCUCAGCAGUAACGUGACCGUUCACAUUAUUAUCAUGGACCAGAACGACAACACACCGCUUAUAGUGUCUCCGUGGCGCGCGCAGGGCUCGGAGGUGAAGGAAACCAUCCCGAGAUCCACAGAUAAAGGAACUCUGAUCGCCAAAGUCAUCGCCAUAGACUCUGAUUCAGUGCACAACUCUCGCAUCACCUACCAGUUUCUCCAGAACACCGACGCUACAUUAUUCAGCUUGGAUCAAUACAACGGAGAGAUCCGGACCAUGAGGAUGUUCAGUUACAGAGACUCGCGAGACCAGCGGCUGGUGGUGAUCGCCAAGGACAACGGAGAGCCCGCGCUCUCUGCUACAGUCACCAUCAAACUGUCCACGGUGGAGACCGCGCUUAAAACCUACACUGAGGUGCCUUUGGAGUAUGACAUCUUCUCGGAUUUAAACCUGUAUCUGGUGAUCGGACUGGGCUCUGUGUCAUUUCUUCUGCUCAUCACUAUAUUGGUGACCAUCGUGCUCAAGUGCCAGAAAGCGAAGCCCAGCAAAGCGGCUCCUCCGAGCAGGAACAGUGUGAUCAGCGAGAGGAACUCCACCAUCGCGGACUCCACUCUGGUCUCCAACGAUGCCUACUGGUACAGUUUAUUUCUAGCAGAGACGAGGAAAGGAAAGCUGGUGGUCAGACAGCCUGUGCCGAAGGGAGCGAGAUACAUCGUGUCCAGCAUCCCGAGGAGCACAGGACUGACUGAGACCAGCGACUCUGCGGCUUCUACUCUACAGUACUCAAAAUGAUCGAGGUCCCUUCUCCCGCUGGAGGCAUCCACCACCACCAGCAGCAGUUCCACCUGAGGUCCCUCCCUCGGAGCAACGUAUGAAAUAAAAGGACCCUCAGCCUGCAUGUGUGUGUCCUCCUGCAUCCGUCAUAUUCACCCGCACCAUGAUGAAAUAAACCCCGAAUGAUGUCUACAUCUUCACCUCGAUGUUUGGAGAGUGUUAAAAGUCUGCUUGGGGACGAUCUGACCAGAGAAAUGGCAGAAAUGAGAUGCGCUUACAGCAGGACUUGGACUGAGUCUGUGAGAACACACACACACAUAUAGACACACACAUUGGUAUUGGUGGUUUACAGGGACUCUCUAUAGAUGUAAUGUAUUUAAUACAGCUUAUUAUAUGGUUCUAUAGACCAUUCUGAGGGAUGUAAACAAAAACAAUGGUCUUAACAUAUUUCCUGUGUUACAUUUUUAAUUUCUAUUGCUUCCUUGAAUCCAAAAAGGGCCGCAUAUUAAUAAAUAAUGUUAUAUUAUAUAAAUAAAAGCUGUUUUACCAUUAGGUUAUGAUUGAAUUGCCUCUUGUUGUUAUGAAAUACUUUGAUAACAAGCAGAAAAUGUUCUUGGGCCAAUGACAUGACCACAUUGAAAUGAUCUACAGCCCAACACACCCCUAAAUCCAUCCCUCACAGGAAACCUGAACCAUGUUCGAAUGGCAAAAUACCAUGUUAAGUGUGAUUUUGAAGCAUUUUGAACUAUAAGGACAUCAUAAACCACACUAUAAUAGAGAACAACUAUGUCAUACCCAUGUAAUUAUACAACAAACAUAUACAUUAUAUAUGUAAACCACCAAAACCAGUACGCACAAACAAGCAUAUCUUGAAAGAGCAUAGCUCAUGUGUUUUCUUGGAGAGACCUUUCUGCAAAACCUAUUUGCUUGUGUUUGCAUGGUUAAAUCUCCAUGUUUGAUGUCUUGAUGUGAAGACAUUUGAGAGAGGAAUUAUUAACAGAUGACCUGGUGUGGAUAUGGAAUUGCCACAAAAAAAUCCCAUUAUUAAUCUAUAGCUUUCACUUUUUUUUUGGUAAAAAUAUCUAGACAAGCUGUAAAUAAGAUCAAUUGGUAACACUUUACAGUAAGGUUGUAUUGGUUAAUGUAUUUACUUACAUAAGCAAUGAGCAGUACAUUUAUUUCAGCAUUUAUUUAGCUUUGUUAAUGUUCGUUAAUGAAUAUAGAUUCAUUGUUAGCUCAGUGCAUUCGGAUGUUAUUUGGAUGCAUUUGCAUUUGGAUGCAUUUGGAUGUUAAUAAUGAUGUAAAUAUUGGACUAUGAUUGAUAAAUGAUGUACAAGUAUUGUUCAGUAUUAAUUUGUGGUAGUAAAUACAUUCACUAACAUAAAUUACCGGUUAAUUUAUCUUACAAACAAACAUUUUAAAGCAUAAACCUUAUUAAAUGUUGACAAAGCAAGUGAAAAUAAAAGAAAUGAGCAUGCAAAAAAUAAUUAUAUUGGCAAAACCUGCUUAUACAAAGUGCAUUUUGGCUUUGGAUUCAAAUAGAUAUGGGAAAUUAAGAUUAAAAAUGGGAUUUUUUUUCCUCUUCUGUGCAAUAUGAGUGAUAUCAAACAAGUAUAAAGCAGACUAAAAUGACCUGUGGGGAGAUCGCCGGACUGAGUUUGCACAUUAAAAGCGUCUCUUUCCCUGUAACAGAUGUAUAAAGCAUUUAUUGUGUGUUUUUUCUCGGAUCUCAUGAAGAUUUCUAUCAGAAUAAUGCAAGUGUUAUCCAGUGUAUUCAGAACAGGUCACAGCAAAGCUGAUUUGGUGUGCCGUAUAGUCUUCAGUAGUGUCGUAUUAAGUCUGUGGUGCUGUUUGUGUCUGUAUUUUUCAGUUUCAGUAUGUAAAGCAUCAAGGUUAAGAAAUCGAAGCACUGAUCUGAACUGAGUAGUUAUUAUCUGAUUUGAUUUAUUAUGGGUGUAGAGGAGGCUGUAAAAACACCAAUCCUGCUGUUUUUUAAUGGUGAAGAGGAGUCUAAGGAUAUGUUUCAAUAACAACCUCUGUGUGUAUAUCAAGAGAUCAACCAUACAUUAGUUUUCUCUAUUCUUUUUUUCAUUUAAAAAUAUAUAUUUGUAAUUAUUAAUCAUUUAUCUCAUUUUCCAAUAAUCAUAGAAUCAAAUGCCAGAUUUGGUGGUUAAUGAUCACAAAUGAUAAAUGAUUUAAUUAUAAAUGAAUUACAUUUAUAAUCAUUAUAUUGUGGUUUGUAUACCAUUUAAUCAUUUAGAUUUCUGCUGCUUGUUCAAACUACUGAUUUAAAAUGAGCUGAAUCAACACAAUUCUUGAAUUUUAACUGAAUUAUUUUAUGUUCAAUCCACUUAAAUUUGAAAAAGAAAAAAAAUUAAUCGAUCUGUUUUGGGACAGCAAGAAGGAAUUGUGUGAAACCCAGCAUUUAUUAGUGUUUGUCCUUUUUAUUAUUAUUUAUUAUCAUUCCUAAACAAUACUUAUUGUCAUUUCAUUAACACAUAUUGUCUUAUAACUUAUGGAUUUUUGUCCAAUGCUUAAUUAAGUGCAUAUAUCACAAGUUAAAUGUUUACAGUGCACUCUGUUACAGUCACAGAGAACACCAAAUGGACUACAAAUACUAUCAUACACCUCACACACACACCUGUUCCGGUUUUCCCUGAUGACACAGCCACACAGCUGAGGCUCUUCAUUGUUUCAUUACCUGUACUAUAAAGACUCCUCUCAUUUCCACACACAUUGCUGAGUCUUGUUUGUGUGUUUAAGUGAGCAUUAUGACGUGAUAUCCUUGCCUAGACUCUUGCUUUGUUUCAUUGUUUACGUAGUUUGCCAAUCUCUUUGCUUGUGACCCGACUAAUCUUUUUGCUUCACCUGUAUGUAAGGCCAGACAUAAUCUGUGAACUUUUUUUACUAUUUAUGCUGAAUUGUUUUGAUAGUAUCGUAACUAAAAACUUAAUAUAUGAAAUAAAAAGUAAUAGCUUUUUAACUUUUAUUUAAUUUUUACAAUGCAACUUCAUCUCCAGUUAUUUGGUAAACAAAGCAAGUCUCUCAUAUAAUAUAUCUACCAAAAGACAAAAAGCUGUAAUGUAAAUAAAUCAAUUGAACACUUUCAUAUUAGUCAAUAAUAUUACUGAAAUUAAUUUAAAAACUGAAUAAAUAUAAAUGUACACACAUUUAUAAAUAAAUAGACUCAAUGAUGAGCUAAAAUCUGCAUAUUUCUGUGCGCGCAGAUUCCGUGUGGGCCUGCUUGUAUUUACCCGAUUGCUCCUGUGUUGAACUUUGCCUGCCUGACUAUUCUCUGUUGAGUAAAUACCGCAUUUGGAUGCUCAGCUUUGUUGUCCCAGACCCUUACAUGACACAUGACAGGAUUUGUAGUCCAUUUGGUGGCAGAUUUGUAGUUCUCCAGCGAUCCGCAGCAGCUAGAUCGCUGGUGAAUUUAACAGAGUGUACUAUAAACCUUUAAUUUGGAAUGUAUACACUUAAUUAAACAUUGCAUGAAAAUCCAUAAGCUUAAACAACAAUAUGUGCUGAUGAUAUGACAAUAAGUACAAACCCAUUGCAUUUGUGCAAAAUACUGAAUUAGACAAAAUACUGAAUUAGAAAUUCAAGACUGUGGUGUCUAGUGAUGCAAACGCAGCACAAUGAGUGGAGUCCCAAUGCAAAGACAUUUGAAGGUCGCAGUCAUUUGUUAAACGAUGAUUAUGCUGCCAUAAGACUGAUUCUCAAUCCCUCUUUCAAGCAUAAAAACACACAGACUUCAGAGAUAUUAAUGAGUGAAUACAUAUUAUUAUCUAUUUUCUUUAAACACCGCAUUGUUUCACUGAUGGAGACUUCUUCAGUUUCUAGCAUCCUUUACUAAAUGUUUAAAAUAAGGCCAAAUAUAAAGAGCACACAAGGUGGUGGAUGAUUUAUACUUGCUUUAAAACAAGGAAUAUAGACUGGUUGAUGUAAUUUAUCAACUGUAAUUACUAUUGUGUAAUAUAAUAUUAUAGAAUGUGUUUCUUUAAGUCCUUUGAAUGCUUUGAAAGAGACAAUUUAGCAAAAAAAUACAUACAUUGUGCAUUUAAAGUCCCUGUUUUCCCUUUCUUUUUAUAUUCAUUUUGGUUUCAGCGCCUGGUGUUAAGAUUAUGUAUUAACGAUUAUGUAUAAAUAUCAACUGCUGCUUUUUUAUUGUUGACUUUUUCUAUUUGCUUGCUUUAGCAUUGGCACAAUAUGAAGAUGUCAGUGUUGUUUCAGUGGACAAUAUGGUUUUGUUGUUUUCUGAUAUUUUGCUGCCUUUACAAAAUGUGAUUUAAAGUCAUGAUAUAAUCGUUUAUGUCACAAUGAGGACUUUUCUGAGGGUUCGGCAGCUUCCCCUGGCAGGUCAAAAGGUCAUGUUGUCAAAGUGUUAAGCCAUUGACUGCCUCUGAAAUGAAGUGCACCAUUAUAAUAAAUAUUUACCCUAUUCUCCUUUUAUCUUCUGUUUCAAAAACGUUUACAUGUUAUAUUUUUAUAAACCCGAAGAAAAUAUUCAAGCCUUUAAGCCGCAGACAGGGCCAGACGGAAUCUGCGGAUGUUUUUUGCUAUUUCUGCUGAGAAUUGUGGUAAAAAUCUGCAGAUUUCUGCUGUAUUAUUUUAGUAUUAUUAGUUAUUUAUCAUAACUAAAACCUUAAUAUGUGAAAUAAAAAGUAAUACCUUUAUUUUUUACUUUUGUUAAAUGUUUAAAUUGCAAAUCCAAUUAGGUUCACUUUAUUUGGUAAACAAAGCAAGUCUCUCAUAUAAUAUCUCUACUAAAAGACAGAAAAUAUUACUGUACAAACUGUAUUGUAACUAAAUCAGAUGAACAUUUUCAUAUUAGUCAAUAAUAUUACUGUAAUUAAUAAAAAAACUGAAUAAAUAUAGAUUUACACACAUUUACUCAAGUAAAUAAACAGAGUUAAUGAUGGGCUAAUAAUCUGCGGAAUUCUGCGGAAAAUCUUCCAUGUGGGCCUAGCCAUAGAUCUCAAACUCAAUUCCUGGGGGGCAGCAGCUCUGCCAGGUUUUGCUCCAACCCUAUCAAACACAGCUGAUCCAAAUAAUGAAGGUGUUCAUGACUCUUUUGAACACCUUGAUUAAUUGGAUCAGCUCCGUUUGAUAGGGUUGGAGCAAAACUGUGCAGAGCUGCGGCCCUCCAGGAACUGACAUUGACAACUAUGCUCUAAGCCAUAGAUCUCAAACUCAAUUCCUGGAAGGCCGCAGCUCUGCACAGUUUUGCUCCAACCCUGAUCAAACACAGCUGAUCCAAAUAAUGAAGGUGUUUAUGACUCUGUUGAACAUCUUGAUUAUUUGGAUCAGCUGUCUUUGACACACUGUAAAAAGUAAUUACUUAAGGGAGUAAACCCUGUUGUCUUAAAAGUGACAGGUAGAUUUAACUUUAAAAAAUGUUAACUAUUUUUGUUCCAACUUAUAACUAUUAAGUUCACUUAAUAUUAAAGUAAUAUUAAAGCAGUGUUUAAUCAAAUUUUAAAGCUUAGUCAACUAAUCUCUUUUGACAGUGUAGGGUUGGAGCAAAACUGAGCAGAGCUGCAGCUCUCCAAGAACUGACUUGGACACCUAUGCUCUAAGCAGUCUCAGAAUACCUGGCUUAUACUUACACGUGUGCAUUGUUGUUUUCCAAAAACAACUUUAAGAUGAUGAUAGAAAAUGAUAAAAUAUUAAUAUUUUUGUUUAGACUGACAAAAUAGAGUGUUAUUUUCUCCAUGUGCUCAUGUUUGUCAGUGUAAGCAGGCCACUCGUCUCUCAAUUCUCAGAAAGUGGCUAAAUGUAUUUACCCAAAGGCCUCAUUUUGUGAAGUAACCAAAUUCUUAAUGUAAAGCACACUAAAGCCCUGCUAUUUUAAGCUUCCCAAUUGUCCCGUCAUUUCUCCAUUCUCCUUUUCUCCAAUAUUAUUAAGUUUAUCAAGGAAAUUUGCACUUUUCCCUCAGCAUUUGUGCUCUAAAACAGACCAGUCGCCUCCUAAACACACAUGAUCUGCCUCUGAGAAACUCGCCUGACCCUCUUUACUCACGAGUAUCUGCUGAUAUAUUUGUACUGUAUAUUUACAUUAGAUAAAAAACAUCAUUAAUAAUUUGUAUUUCUGUCAUUAUUCAUAUUAUUCAGAACUACAUAAAAUGUGAUAUGUUUUUUUAAGCUUUUAAAUGACUUCUUAACAUGUAAGUAGCAAUCAGCCUGUAUUUAAAUCGAGCACAGAUGCACUGGAGUAAAAAUAAAAAGACAAUGUUUGUACAGUA